AUGACAUCCUACUCCCAUCCCGAAACCAUCUACGAAACUUCCUUCAUCUCAACUCGCAACCCAAUCCACAUAAAAAUCGAUCUUCGUCAUCGCCAACCCCCCAACACCACUGCCAACUUCAUGCCCUCCACCACCAUGCUUAGCAGCGUUCUCCGUUCUCCCUUCUCAGCCCUAAUCCAUGCCCUCAUUCAACUCUCCGCCGUUUCCUUCUACCUAGCUCUCCUCAUAACAACCUACUUCCUCUACAGCAUCCGCUACCUCUCCUCCAUCACCCAUCUAACCCAACUCCUCUCCUACCUCUACAACCAAUUUCCCUCCGUCAUAAAACACAAAGCAGGCAUAAUCUACGAAGAACGCCGGCAGCUCCGCCGAAAAUACGCCGAAGCACGAACCGAGCGACUCCGUGAACGCAACGAAGUAGGUGAGCGAGAGCGAGCCCAAAUGCGUGAAGCAGUGCGACGAGUUGCCUGGAAGAGGGGAGUUGGAAAAAUGGAUUAUGGAACUGAUUUGAAUGAAGAUGAGAAGAAGAAUCCAUCAUCAUCCAAGUCUAAAUCAGAAGACAGAGAAUCAGGAGAUGGAAAUCAAGUAAUUGAAGGAUGGAUAGAAGAUGAGGUGAUCAUCCAAUCACCAAUUGAACUUCAAGAAUCACUUGAGAAAUUGGAAAGUAAAGCAGAUUAUGGGAAAAGGGCGGGAUAUCGGGACGAGGAACAACAAAUGAAAGCGAAAGAGGCAGCAAAGAUUUUAUUGAGAAAUGGAGAGGUAGAAGCAUUUCCUAAAUUUGAGGAUAUGGAUACUAGGGGGUGA